AUGCUCCAGCGCGUGCUGUCUCCCCGCCAAGCACGCUGCGCCCCACAAAAAAACUAUCGGUCCCAAAUAAUCCUUUCUCAUGGACGACCUCAAAUUCCGCACAAAAACAAUCAAUUGGCGCGACUGGCUGGGCCAGUACCACAUGAACAACGUCCUCAUGCAGAACCAGAACGGGCCGUGCUUCGUGAUCUCCCUUGUCAACACCCUGAUCUUGUCCAGCGAGAUAUCCUCCGAGGAGUGGAGCACGGUGGGCAAAAAGGGGUCCCGCACAUCGAUGAAGACCGGAAACAGCAUCCCGCCAAGCAUGCUGAUCUCGCUCAAGAAGAUGCUGCUGUCCAGAGAAGUCAGUCUGAGCGCGCUGCUCAACGAGCUGACCCAUCUGAUGCUCACGCUCAACGAGACAAGAGGCGACGCCGCGGACAUCGGGGCCAUUCUGAACGUGCUGCCGCAGCUCGGCACGGGCCUCAACGUGAACCUCAAGCUCGACAACGCCGUCGUGGCCGACUUCGAGGACCAGACAGCCAGCAUCCUGCAGCUGCUGGACCUCUUUGA